CCUGGGGCGCCUGCAGGGGAGAGCCGGGCCCUGCCAAGGGCCUGGGUGCAGGCGCCCCUGUAACGGGUGCUGGGUGGAAGGGCCCCGGGCUCUGUUCCAGGACUGGGGAGCGGACCCCUGGCGCCCGGCCUAGGCCUGGCACACGGGAAGCAGUGAGAGUCUGUCGAAGCCAGGUGGCGUUUGUACCUGUGAGUGCCGGUCAGCAGGACAGGCCCCCACCUUCCUCCCGCCUGCCUGCAACCUCCUCUGGGUCCUUGGCCCCCAGGCCUCCCUGCCCCCCUCCUCCACCUCCAGCAGCUGCCUCUCCCGCGGACGGCCUCUGCUUUCUCUGUCCCCAGAACCGCACUAUGGGCUUCUCCUCGGAGCUGUGCAGCCCCCAGGCCCACACGGCAGUCCAGCAGAUGCAGGAGGCCGAGCUGCGGCUGCUGGAGGGCAUGAGGAAGUGGAUGGCCCAGCGGGUCAAGAGUGACCGGGAGUACGCGGGGCUGCUGCACCACAUGCAGGACAGUGGGGCCCAGAACCGGGGCGGCCCCGACAGCCCCAUCAGCCAGUCCUGGGCAGAGAUCACCAGCCUGACGGAGGGCCUGAGCCGGUUGCUGAGGCAGCAUGCCGAAGAUCUGAACUCGGGGCCCCUGAGCAAGCUGAGCAUGCUGAUCGGGGUGCGGCAGCAGCUGCGCAAGACCUACAGCGAGCAGUGGCAGCAGCUGCAGAACGACCUCACCAAGACCCACAGCCAGGACAUUGAGAAGCUAAAGAACCAGUACCGAAAUCUGGCGCGAGACAGCGCCCAGGCCAGGCGCAAGUACCAGGAGGCCAGCAAAGACAAGGACCGCGACAAGGCCAAGGACAAAUACGUGCGCAGCCUGUGGAAGCUCUUCGCCCAUCACAACCGCUACGUGCUUGGCGUGCGGGCCGCGCAGCUGCACCACCAGCACCACCACCAGCUCAUGCUGCCCAGCCUGCUCCAGUCGCUGCAGGACCUGCACCAGGAGAUGGCCUGCAUCCUGAAGGAGAUCCUGCAGGAAUACCUGGAGAUCAGCAGCCUGGUGCAGGACGAGGUGGCGGCCAUUCACCAGGAGAUGGCUGCAGCCGCUGCCCGCAUCCAGCCCGAGGCCGAGUACCACGGCUUCCUGCGGCAGCAUGGGUCCAUCCCUGACGUCCCCCCCCGGCUGGCCUCCUGGUCACCCCCCUCGCUCCUCCCUUGCCCCUCCCAGCUGCCCCCACCGCUGCAGCUCAUCCCCGAGGUACAGAAGCCCCUGCAGGAGCAGCUGUGGUACCACGGGGCCAUCCCGCGGGCAGAGGUGGCGGAGCUGCUGACACAGUCCGGGGACUUCCUGGUGCGGGAGAGCCAGGGCAAGCAGGAGCACGUGCUGUCCGUGCUGUGGGACGGCCAGCCGCGGCACUUCAUCAUCCAGUCUGCGGACGUGAGUGCCGGCCCCCCUCCCGGCCGCCGGGGUGGGGGGUGGCCUUGCCGAGGUGAAGGGUGCCUCCCGGGCAGAGCGCCCGGGCCACGGAGACCCCAGUUCCUGCAGCCAGACAGGCUCAAGCCCUCAGUGUGGGUUCUCCCCAGGAGGAGGGGAGCAGGCGUGUGGGGUGCCAUGAGGUUAUACCUUUCUUCCUCCUCUUUUCUUGGGAACUUUGGCGAAGUGUUCAGCGGGCGCCUGCGAGUGGACAACACCCUGGUGGCGGUGAAAUCCUGUCGGGAGACGCUGCCGCCUGACCUCAAGGCCAAGUUCCUGCAGGAAGCCAGGAUCCUGAAGCAGUACAGCCACCCCAACAUCGUGCGUCUCAUCGGCGUCUGCACCCAGAAACAGCCCAUCUACAUCGUCAUGGAGCUGGUGCAGGGGGGCGACUUCCUGACUUUUCUUCGGACUGAGGGAGCCCGGCUUCGGAUGAAGACUCUGCUGCAGAUGGUGGGGGACGCAGCUGCGGGCAUGGAGUACCUGGAGAGCAAGGGCUGUAUCCAUCGGGACCUGGCUGCUCGGAACUGCCUGGUCACGGAGAAGAACGUGCUAAAGAUCAGUGACUUCGGGAUGUCCCGGGAGGAAGAGGACGGGAUCUACGCCGCCUCGGGGGGCCUCAGGCAAGUCCCCGUGAAGUGGACAGCACCCGAGGCUCUGAACUACGGCCGCUAUUCCUCUGAGAGCGACGUGUGGAGCUUUGGCAUCUUGCUCUGGGAGACCUUCAGCCUGGGGGCCUCUCCGUACCCCAACCUCAGCAACCAGCAGACGCGGGAGUUCAUAGAAAAGGGGGGCCGCUUGCCCUGCCCCGAGCUGUGCCCCGACGCUGUGUUCAGACUCAUGGAGCAGUGCUGGGCCUACGAGCCCGGGGAGCGGCCCAGCUUCAGCGCCAUCCACCAGGAGCUGCAGUGCAUCCGAAAGCGGCAUCGGUGAGGCUGGGCCGCCUCUCCAGCCGGUGGCCUGUGCCUGCGAGAUCGCACCUCCUCCCCAGCAGCUCUGGACUCCAGCCACCGGCAUCCAUGUCUGCUGUGCAUCCCGCUCCUGCCAGGGCCUCCUCUUCCAAGCAGAAAUAAUAAACCACUUGUGCCCGCCUA